AUAACAUAUAGCGACUCAGCAUUGCACAUCUCCUCAGACUCCUCUCUGCUCUCCACAGACCGACCAGAAACUAAGCUAAUUUCAUUGAAAAGAUCUACAAUCUGAUGGCUAAGUAGACGGAAAAAGAUAUCAAACCUGCUUAGUAGCUCAUCUCAAGUUUAACAACAGUAUGAGGUUCGAGGACAUUCUUCGUGAAAUCGGUGGCUUCAACAAGUUCCAGUUUCUAGUUUUAUACAUCCUGUGGCUUCCGCGGGUCAUCCUUCCACUGCAUUUUUUGCUCCACAAUUUCAUCUCCGGCGUUCCUCCUCACCAUUGUGCUCUGCCACAUUUGGAUGGCAGGUUCUCAGCUAGUGGUGCAGAGAAAGAGGAACUGGCACAGAUUGUGGCUCUUGGUAUCCCACGCAAUUCAGAUGGUUCCUACAGCUCCUGCAAGAUGUAUACAGUGCCUAUGGACUUUGACCUUAACGGUGACCUUUCGGUAUUGUAUGGUAACUGGUCAAAUGUGUCUGUGCCAUGCCAGGAUGGAUGGGUAUAUGAUCGCUCGCAGUUCACUUCAACAACUGCCACUGAGUGGGAUUUAGUAUGUGACAAUAAAAAGCUAAAUCAAGCCCUCGCCACAUUUUUCUUCAUUGGUGUAACGAUCGGUGCUGUCGUAUUUGGCCAGUUGUCAGAUAAGUUUGGCCGUAAGCCGAUGAUUCAGGUCUCCUUUGUGAGCAGUGCUGUUUUUGGGAUCGUUGAGGCUUUUUCUACAUCCUAUGUGAUGUUCGCCAUUGCAAGAACCUUGUGUGGUUUUGCCCUGACCGGGAUGUCCAUCACCACAGUGGCCCUGUGUGUUGAGUGGACAGAUGUUAAGCAUCGCACGUUUACGGGGACCAUCAUCAGUCUCGGCUGGAGCGUAGGAAACAUGCUUUUGGCUCUUCUGGCGUAUCUCAUCAGAGACUGGAGGCACCUCAUUCUGGUGGUCACUUCACCUUGUCUUGUUGGCAUAAUAGCCUGGUGGUGGAUUCCUGAGUCAGCAAGAUGGCUGCUGGCCAAUGGAAGAGUGGAAGAGGCGCAGAAGUAUCUCAUUAACUGUGCAAAGAUGAAUGGAAAGUACAGUUGCACAAAAAACCUAGACAUUGAGAACUUGAAGAAAAUUACCAUCGCUGAGGACUCCAACAAGAACCAUUCUUACCUUGAUCUAGUGAGAACACCAAAGCUGAGGAAGAUUAUGCUUUGCUCAGGGAUUUUCUGGUUUGCAGUUGCUUUCACCUACUAUGGCAUCAGCUUCAACAUCACAGGCUUUGGUCUGAACAUCUACCUCACGCAGUUCAUCUAUGGAGUCAUUGAAGUCCCAGCUAAGGUUGGGACGUACCUCACUCUGGACUGGAUUGGACGGAGAAAUGGCCAGGCUUGGUCCCUCAUCAUAGCAGGAGCUCUGAUUGGACUUAACAGCAUAAUCCCAACAGAAUUUGCUGCUGUUCGUACAGGUAUUGCAGUUAUUGGGAAGGGAUUCUCUGAAGCAGCGUUUACCAUUGCCUUCCUGUACACAUCUGAACUUUACCCUACUGUACUCCGGCAGUGCGGUUUGGGCUACACCUCUUUUAUAGCCCGGAUUGGAGGUUCUCUGGCCCCGAUGGUCAUACUGUUUGAGGAUAUUUGGCACUUUGGUCCCCCUGUAGUGUUUUCGGUCACUGCAAUUUUCAGUGGAUGUGUCGUUUUCCUGCUGCCCGAGACCACCAAUGUCCAGCUUCCAGAGAACAUUCUGGAUGUAGAGGAGGGGAGGCACACAUUGUCCACAGAAGCAGAGAGAGAUGUUGAACUCAAUGAGAUGAAUUCAGCACCAGCGGAUUUACAAGAGAAGGGCUCAUAAAGGCAACUAUUAUCAGAAAAAUGAUUACAGUUUAUCAUCAGAUAUGCAUUAAUAACAUCAACUGCAAGACAUUUGUGGUGACCAAGGGAUAAAAAAUCUGAUGUUUCUUUAGGAUUUCACAACACAGAGUAAACAUGUCA